UGUGUGUGUGUGUGUGUGUGUGUGCAUGUGCAUGUCUAUUUCACUGCUUCACAUGUUGGAGUGUAAAAGAUGUCAUCGGAUCUGAAUCCAGUUGUUGAGUUAUUGCCUGAGUCAGGAACUGGAUUAAAGCAGUGGAUGUGUCUACAGGUGUGUGUGUGUGUGUGUGUGUGUGAUAGAAUGGACAAUGUAUUUCUGUUAAAAAUACUGUGCUGCUUUAGUUUCCUUCCUUGUAUAUGUGUAUAUGAAUACUGUGCAUGAGUGAGUGUGUGUGAAAAGGGUUUUUGUGUGGGUGUGAAAUUAGCUUUAUUAAUGUGUGUGUGUGUGUAUGUGUGUGUGUGUGCGUGUGAAUGUUCCUCCAGGGGCAUUUUGUGUGGGUUUGAUACUUGAGGUUAUGUUUGACUGAAAGACGUGAGUUAAUGUGUUUGUUUGUGUUCUCUGUCUCAAGCAGCAGCAUCGUUCCCCCCUACAGCCAUCUGUUUACGAUCUUUCAGUAAGUGUCAGGAGCCAAGCGCUCCCCCCUCUCAUCGUCUCCCUCUUUCAAGAGAUGAUCGGAGGAGCAAAAAAACAGUGAAAAGAGAAGCGAUGGAGCGAUGCUCCAUCUCUGGACUCACUGCUCUCUUGCGUCUCCUGCUGGUCGCUCUUCUUAUUUGCCCUCCUCCUUGCCACGCGGGCGACGACCCUGCCGACAUGCAGCUGUCCGCCACAGCCCAGGCCACGCCCACUCCACUCUGGGCAGUCGACUGGGGUCCCACGCAGCCGCUGGAGGACGAGACGCAUCACUUCCUUUCCAGUCAGGAAGCCGAUGGCGUGAAGCAGGCUACACCCGAGGUGUGGCCACGUCGCAAGAACGCCCAGUCCAACCAAACCCAACAGCAUCCUCUGUCCAUUGAAGCCAAGGACUCAGGAGAGGAGCCAGAACGAGAUGCAGAGGAGAGAGAGAUUGAAGAAGUGGAUCCUCAGUUUUACGUGACUGUAACUAUCUCAUCUCUCCUGAUUCUCUCUGCACUCAUCAUUUCGGCCAAACUCUGUUAUGACCGCAGCCUCUCUCAGCGCCCUCCUCCUCUCUCCCUCGCCAUCCCUCGUUCCCUGGCCCAAGAGGAUAGCAGGCACACACUUCAGAGCACCCCCUCGUUCCCUGACAGAGAAAGACUUCCUGUGGUCAAUCUUUGAAGAGCUGACUGUUCCAAGCUUGCUAAUCACAUCCUCUGGGCAUGGAAUGUGAGAAAAAAAAAGGGUAAAUAUGAGAACAAACAGAGAACAUGUGAAACUGCUCGAAGAUGGAUACAUGAAAGAGAAUAUGUG